AUGCCUCAGCUCUUCCCGACCGACCCAUCGUCGUCGAUGGUCAUCCGCGCAGUCACACCCGAAAUUAUCACUUUCAGCCUGCCAUUCGCGCGCUUCGGUAUCAUUCGUUUCGGCGCUCGAGGAACUUUAAUCAAGCUUGCCACUGGUUCCCUCGCCAUCUUCUCCCCCGUCAGCCUCACUCCCGAAGUGCGUGAGACAGUUGAGACGCAGGGCGGCAACGUCAAGUACAUCAUUGCGCCGGAUCUUGAGCAUCAUUUGCACAUCACAGCAUGGAAGAACGCCUUCCCGGAGGCCCACAUCCUCGCCCCGCAUGGUCUGUGGGAGAAACGACAGAAGGUCCCCGAGUUCCGAAGUACGCCUUUCGAGUAUGUGUACAAGGAUGGAGCGCGUUCGAUUUCCGAAGAGUUUGACGCAGAAUUCGAGGUCGAGUAUGUGCAAGGGCAUGGCUCACGCGAGAUCGUCGUUCUCCACAAGCCAUCGCGCACUGUCAUCGAGGCCGACCUUGUUUUCAACCUGCCUGCUACUGAGCAAUAUUCGAGAACUGAGGAGGGCAGCACUGCCAACUUCUUGACCCGAAUGGUCCUUCCCCUCUUGAGUGUGAAGACACCUUCGACGGGGCACCGGCGCUUCGCUUGGUAUGUUUUGGCAAACGACCGGGCUGCGUUCACGGAAUCCAUGCGCCGGAUCAUUCGGUGGGACUUUGAUCGGCUCAUUCCUUGCCAUGGAGAUGUGGUCGAGAAGGGUGCCAAGGGGGUGUUUCAGGAUGUCAUGGCUUGGUUCCUGAAGGAAGAUCACAGACAUGUCUAA